CAUAAAUCCCGUAAACAUAGAGCUCGAUGAGACCCCGUUCGUUUGGCUGACCAUUCUGCGCAUUAUCAUAUCAUAUUAAGUCAUCAAAGAACUGAUUGAUUCUAGACACCAUUUAUUGACAUGCAACUGACAUUGCUGCCACUAAGGUAACAACGAAACCGCGAUUGGUUCGGACCAACGAUCUGGGCUCUACUGUAAUCAAUUUUCUGGAGUAUAUCCAGCCUACCUGAAGGAUCGACGAUGCAGUUUAAAGUAUCUCCCGCAGCCAACAUGCCCUCUGGAUCCAGCGUCGAGAUACCAAAACAUAUGCGGGCAUGGACACACACUCGAUCCGGCCCGCCGACCGCCGUCCUCUCCCUCUCCACCAUCCCCGUCCCCGCCCUCCCAACCGAAACCUCGGUGCUCAUCCGCGUCUCCCACGCGUCGCUGCACCCCGGAGCAGCCAUCAUGAUCCACCUCGUGCCGGUCCUCUUCCGCAAAUCCCCCGCCGUCGCGGAGACGGAUUUUUCAGGGGUCGUGGUCGCUGUCGGGUCGAAAGUGCCCGUGUCGCUCCCUCUGAGUGUCGAGGAAGGGGGUUCAGAGAGCGGGCGGUGUUUCCCGGUCGGCACGCCGGUCUUUGGCACCGUGCCUGUUGGUUCGCAUCUGGGGGCCGCACAGGGUGCGCUGGCCGAGUAUGUGGCCGUAGACGUCGGGAUGAUCGCUCGAAAACCGUCGGAUAUGCCGUUUGACCAAGCAGCAGCGCUCGCGGUAUCGGGAGCCACUGCUAUGGACGUAUUCGACGCUGCGAAGUUACAAUUCUCGUCGCGGUGUCUUAUCAAUGCAUCCUGCGGUGGGAUCGGGCAUCUGGUGGUCCAGCUAACCCGUGACGCCGUGGGCACCAAUGGUCACAUUGUGGGGAUUUGCUCGGAAGCAAAUGCAGCGACGGCAAGAGAGUUAGGCUGCGAUGAGACUGCGGAUUACAAACCCUCGACAACCGGGGAAACACUACAACAGCACCUGGCGAAGGACCAUGCGGUCGAUUCUGAGACGGCAUUCGAUGCCAUCAUAGAUGCACAUGGGAGCCAAGAGUUAUGGCUUGCCGCGCCGACGUUCCUGAAGCCCGGAAACGAGCAUCCGUACGCGACCGUCGGUCCCAAAUUCAUGGCCUAUUCGAUGGUCGGGAUGCUAAAUGCCGUCGCCAAGAUGAUUGGGAACUCUGCCACCCCCGUUUGGCUCGGCGGCGUACCAAGAGCGUACAGCCAAGUUGCGUCAUUUGUCGACACGGCUCGUUUAGAGAGACUUAGAGAAUUGGUUGAGAAAGGGCAAUUGCGAGUCAUAAUUGGCAGUAAAUGGGACAUGGACGGGGCCCCAAAGGCGUACGAGAAGAUGCAGAGUGGACAUGGAACUGGGAAGAUAGUAAUCAAGGUCUGGGAACCUGAGAUGAAGAGCACCGAGGAUAUGACCUGAAGGAAUAACGCAGAGCAUACCUGUACUCAGAGUUUCUUUCAGACCAGUAUACACGUAUAAACCAUAAUGUGUGAGACGACCGAUGAAAUUUAGGAAGCCUAUGAUGCGGCUCAAGGGAUGUGAGUUAUGCGAAGGAAACUAAACUGUGAUGCAGUUCAUGCACUGGAGUCGACGAUGGAUGAUGAUGGCAGGUGGUCCGUGCACCGAGUCGAUCUGAGGAGUGAGGAAUGAGGAAUUGG